UAUUUGCAGCAAUUUCUAGUUUUUUUUUUUAUUUUCUCUUGAUUUAUUGUAACAAUUGUCUGCUGCUGGUAUAUUGUUGCAUAAAGAGUAAUGGAUGCUGCUGCCAUUGAUCUUACAGCCCGUGAGCUAACCCCCUUGAAUGGUGUAAAUGGUCAGCGACAACAUGACAAUGCCAACGAACAGGGCACAACAAUUUUAACAAAUGAUACAAAAUCAAACUGUGAGGCGGCGGCGGCGGCAGUUUGUCAAUACGAGUCAAGAGAACGUUUUGUCAUUACCAAAAAUGUCAUCAUCAUUGGCCUGGCAUUUAUGAUACACUUCACUGCCUUCCAUGGCACCUCCAACCUGCAGAGUUCUGUCAAUUCGGAUAAAGCUUUGGGCACAACAACCUUAGCGGUCAUUUAUGGUUCAUUAAUAUUAUCGAACAUUUUUCUACCCAUGACAGUGAUAAGAUGGUUUGGCGUCAAAAUAACCAUGGCCUUGGCCUUCUUUGCCUACAUGCCCUACAUAGUGGCCCAAUUCUAUCCACGCUUUAAAACCCUAAUACCCGCAGGUCUUAUGGUGGGUUUUGGUGGUGGUCCUCUGUGGUGUGCCAAAUGUACAUAUCUCUCUACAGUGGCCGAAGCUUUAACCCAAGUUCGAGGACAAAAAUCACAAACGAAUGUUAAUACUGUAAAGUUUUUCGGCCUCUUCUUUAUAUUCUAUCAAAUGGCUCAGGUGUGGGGCAAUUUAAUAUCUUCAUCCAUAUUAUCGUUAGCAUCAAACGAGGAAGGCAUUGAAAUGUCUAGUAAUUCUACCAAUGCUGUGGAUUUGGUUGGGGAACUGUGUGGAGCUCGCUUUUGUCCCAAUGUUAAGGCUGAGGUUAAUCCUAAUCUAAUACCGCCCGAUCCCAGUAAAAUUCAGUUGUUGAACUCCAUAUUUUUAGUGUGCAUGGCAGUGGCGGUAAUAUUGAUUGUUUUUGGUGUGGAUUCCAUAAAGAGAUAUGGUGUGAGAAAAUCCGAGACGGGCGGUGAGGGUAUGUCAGGUUUAAAACUUUUGACUGCCACAGUGAAUAUGUUAAAGAAAAAGCGUCAGCUUUUAAUGCUGCCUAUAACCAUGUUUAUUGGCUUGGAAGAGGCAUUCUUGGCGGUGGAUUUUACGAAGUCCUUCGUUGCCUGUGGCUGGGGUAUUUCCAAUAUUGGCUUUGCUAUGAUUUGUUUUGGCGUUGCCAAUGCCAUUGCUGCUGGGUUUGCGGGCGGUGUGGCUGAGAAAUUGGGUCGUGUUAAGUUGGCUGUGCUAUGUGCUUUGCUGAAUUUAGCUCUCUUCGUCUAUAUGUAUUUCUAUGAAGCUGAACAGGGUGACUUUAUCAAAUAUUGUGCUUUUGCUGCCAUCUGGGGUAUUUGUGAUGGUGUUUGGUUGGUUAUAAUCAAUGCUUUCUAUGGCAUUCUGUUUCCCAAAAAUCUUAUUGCCGGCUACAGCAAUUUUAGAUUAUGGGAAUCCACUGGCUCAGUUAUCGGUUACAUUAUCAGUUCUCAACUGUGCACCUCCACAAAAUUAUUGAUAUUGAUGGCUGUGUUGUUAGUGGGCUGUACGGGUUAUGGCAUUAUCGAAUAUCGCGUUUGGAAGAAACAAAAGUAUACCGUUGUGAUGUUAAGUGAAAAAAGUGAAUUGUAGUUUAGACACUAUUAUAUAAUUUUAGUUUAGUUUUAGCUAUAAAAUAUGAGAUUUUUAUAAUACUCUUUGUA